CGGGCCCAAAGCCCCGCCCCCCGCCCCGUCACCACUAACAACGGGCGGCGCUGCGCUCCUCCUCCUCCUUCUCCCUGUGCCGGAACCGGCGGCGGCGCUGCCCCGCACCGACAUGAGGAGAGCGGCGAGCGGCCGGGCGGCGUGAACGGCAGGCUGUAAUAAGCGGUUGGAGCUGCCCUUCGUAACCGCAGCCAUGGUGCAGAAGUAUCAGUCACCCAUACGGGUGUAUAAACACCCCUUUGAGUUGAUUAUGGCUGCUUAUGAGAGGAGGUUUCCUACGUGCCCACUGAUUCCUAUGUUUGUAGCCAGCGACACCGUGAGUGAAUAUAAGAGUGAGGAUGGAGCCAUCCAUGUGAUCGAACGGCGCUGUAAGCUGGAUAUAGAUGCACCACGGCUGUUGAAAAAGAUUGCAGGAGUGGAUUACGUCUACUUUGUCCAGAAGAAUUCUCUGAACAGACGGGAGAGGACUUUGCAUAUAGAAGCCUACAAUGAAACCUUCUCUAACAGAGUCAUUAUUAACGAGCACUGCUCCUACACAGUUCAUCCUGACAAUGAAGACUGGACCUGUUUUGAACAGUCAGCAAGUCUGGAUAUAAAAUCUUUUUUUGGUUUUGAAAGCACAGUGGAAAAGAUUGCCAUGAAGCAGUACACCAGCAAUAUUAAAAAGGGAAAGGAAAUAAUAGAGUACUACCUGAAGCAGCUGGAGGAAGAAGGAAUAACCUUUGUUCCUCGCUGGACUCCUCCUGUUGCAUGUAAACUGGAGAGCAGCACAUCCCACAUGAGACGACCAGUUUCACCUGCUAUUAAUGUGCCAGAUUCUGCCACAAAGGAGGGCUUGAACAGUAAGGAGAUCCUCAACACCUCAAGCAGCCCCUCAGAGCUUACAGCAGGAACACCUGAUGACAAGCUGGAUGCAGACUACAUCAAACGUUAUCUGGGCGACUUGACCCCCAUGCAGGAAAGCUGCCUCAUUCGGCUCAGACAGUGGCUCCAAGAGACACACAAGGGCAAAAUCCCAAAGGAUGAGCACAUUUUAAGAUUCCUCCGUGCCCGGGAUUUCAACAUUGAUAAAGCAAGAGAGAUCCUUUGCCAGUCUCUGACGUGGCGUAAGCAGCACCAGGUAGACUAUAUUUUAGAUACCUGGAAUCCUCCUCAAGUACUCCAGGAUUACUAUGCAGGAGGCUGGCAUCAUCAUGACAAAGAUGGCCGCCCGCUGUACGUGCUGAGGCUGGGACAGAUGGAUACCAAAGGCUUAGUGAGGGCUCUUGGGGAAGAGGCCUUGCUUCGAUACGUUCUCUCCAUAAAUGAAGAAGGUCUGAGGCGAUGUGAAGAGAAUACAAAAGUGUUUGGCAGACCAAUAAGCUCUUGGACCUGUCUAGUAGAUCUAGAAGGCUUAAACAUGCGGCAUUUAUGGAGGCCUGGUGUCAAAGCAUUGCUAAGAAUCAUUGAGGUGGUAGAAGCUAAUUACCCUGAGACUUUGGGUCGUCUUCUUAUCUUGAGAGCACCUCGAGUAUUCCCAGUUCUUUGGACACUGGUUAGUCCAUUCAUUGAUGACAACACUAGAAAGAAAUUCCUUAUUUAUGCUGGAAAUGACUACCAGGGCCCUGGGGGAUUGCUGGAUUACAUCGAUAAAGAAAUUAUUCCUGACUUUCUUGGUGGAGAGUGCAUGUGUGAAGUACCAGAGGGUGGGCUGGUUCCCAAGUCCCUGUACCGGACAGCAGAAGAGCUGGAAAAUGAAGACAUAAAGCUCUGGACUGAAACAAUCUACCAGUCUGCAAGUGUCUUCAAAGGAGCUCCCCAUGAGGUUCUCAUUCAGAUUGUGGAUGCCUCAUCUGUGAUCACCUGGGAUUUUGAUGUGUGUAAAGGCGACAUUGUUUUUAACAUCUUUCAUUCCAAGAGAGCCCCACAGCCUCCUAAAAAAGACUCUCUGGGAGCUCACAGUAUCACAUCUCCUGGUGGGAACAACGUCCAGUUGAUAGACAAAGUCUGGCAGCUGGGCCGUGAUUACAGCAUGGUGGAAUCUCCUCUUAUCUGCAAAGAAGGGGAAAGCGUGCAGGGAUCGCAUGUGACCAGGUGGCCUGGUUUCUAUAUUCUCCAGUGGAAAUUUCAUAGCAUGCCUGCCUGUGCUGCAACCAACCUGCCUCGUGUGGAUGACGUGCUAGCAUCUCUGCAGGUCUCCUCUCACAAAUGCAAAGUGAUGUACUAUACUGAAGUGAUAGGAUCUGAAGAUUUCAGAGGAUCUAUGACCAGCCUUGAAUCAAGCCACAGUGGAUUCUCUCAGCUCAGUGCUGCCACCACCUCUUCAAGCCAGUCCCACUCCAGCUCCAUGAUUUCCAGGUAGUGCCACAACAGAUGAAAAGCAAUCGGAUGAGAUGGCCGGACCUUAGCCUGUGGCAGCUGACUGCAAUACAACUGGCAAUUGUGCAAAAAAUAACCAACCCUACCCCCCCAUAAAAGCCUUUUGUAGAUAGUAAAGUAGCUGUUUGAAUUUUAAACUUAGUGUUUUUUGGUCCUUGUAAGAUCAAACCUCCUGUCUCUUAACCUGAACCUUUUCCUAACUCAGCCAUAAAUAUUUUUAAGCGUGCUUGCACGAAUCCUAACUCUCAACAUAAGGGCUCUCCUGGAAGGAAAAAUGAUCAGUGCAUCAGUUAAGAUUAUUUUUUUAAAUUGUAUAAAUGUUAAAGAGGAAAAAAAAAAAGGAAAACCCUACCAAAAAUGCUCCAUAAUGCAUUAGAAAUUAACUGCGAAUCUCCUGUCAGGACAUCUCUUGCCAUCUUAAAUUCCCUGUGAUCUUCCAGUGCUGCAAACUGUUCUCCCAUUGCCACUAAGUGAUGUCCGAGACGAAGAAAAGCAGUUGCUGGAUACUUGACUUUGUGAGUCCAUUUUUUUUCAAGGCAUGCCCACAGAGCUGUGGGCAGGCAGUGAACACUAAUAAUACCUUUUGUAUGAGCUCUUUUGGGGGAAUCUGAGCUCUGGGUGUCGAUGGGUUAAAGCAGUUCAUUCUUUCCUUGGAUUUGUGCUUGAAGCACUAUAGAGAGAGAGGCAGAGAGCAGGCUCUCCCUUGCUGAUCUAGAAUUGGCCUGAGGAUUUGUUUCCAGUUCUGUGCUGGAGCUUCACCCCAUUUCCUUCGUAUGCUCCCCAUGAACUCAUCUUACUGCAGCUUUGCUAUUAUGAGAAAUCAAUGCAGUUUGUUUGCUUCUUAAAUCAGCCAAGAGGAGGCACAGGUUACAUCCUUCCCGUGCACUUCUCAGUCCCUCCUGCCUCCCAUCCUUUUCUGUGUGUGUCAGAAGCAGAGCACUUUAGUUCUAAGCAGCAGAAGCCCUAAAGCAGGCAGGAAGCACAGGGACCUUCAUGCUGUGUUACAGUGGCAGACAUUCCAAGUUGGUGCCUGCUCAACCAUCCUCACUGUUGCUGCUGCCAGCAAUGAAUUGCCCCUAUUCUACCCACACCUCAGCAAUCCUACUUGAACUCUUUUGGCUAAAGUUGGUUCAGGUGUUCUCCAACUUUGGGCUGUGUGUCCCAAGCACAGUGAAAGGCACAGAAAUGCUGAGCAAAGGGUUGUCAGCAGGUGGCUACAGACCAUGGCUGGCAGAUUUUUUGCAUGGAACACAGCAGCAUUUGCUUGCUUAGACCCUGCCUGGUCUGUCUGUUUGAGAGCUAAGCUAUUCAUCCAGGCAAAAAGGAGCUUCUGUGCUGCUGAAGUCCUCGCUAGGAGGCUGGAUUGGCUCUAUUAAGUCUUGGGGAGUCGAGGGAUGUGGUAGAGGAGCAUGCUGAAAUCUUGCACUUGGAAAACAGAACUCACUUAAGAUAAAAAUUCACUGAAGAUACUGAAUGCCCUGCCUGAGGAAAACUGGUUCCGAGCUGAGUAUAAGUGUUUUUAUCCUUUUAUUAUUAUUAUUAUUAUUUUUAAUAUAUAUAACUCAGAACUUCUGAGAGGUGGCUCCUAAUCUGUAACAAGGAGCAUCUUUCCUGCAGAACAGUUCUGGCAGUGGAACCCAUCAGAGCUAGCAAAUGUAUUUUACUAAUGAAUUUUGUGUUGAGGUGCUGGUCUCCUUAAAUGGAACCAAACUGCUCAGUUUUGUUUUUUUUUUUAUUUAUGAACUCAAAAGUUGAGGAUGGAGGUUAGACUUGUCAUUUGCUGCUGGAGCUGCUGUUGUGUGAGAUGGACACCACUGUGUUGUCACACAGCUCCCAGCCUGGGAUCUGCACACAGCCACUGCUGUGGUUCUCACACCACCUGUGUGAUGUGAGCUGUCUGCCUACGAGGAGCCCAGCUUCCUGGAGAGGUGGUUUGAUUUGUGAUGUGCAGGAACCAGAAUUCCCAGUGCAGCAGUGAGGUCAACUUAAUGGCACUCCGCUCUUUGCAAAUGCCACUUCCCACCUGCCAGGCUGUAAGGGUAAAGAUGGUCCCCUUUCUUUCUUUCUUUUUUUGUUCCUCUUCCUCUCUCACUCCCUCUCAGAUGGUGGUUUUGCUGACAACUGUAAGGAAACUGCUACAUUCAACACUCCACAUGUCUCCAGAGGUGUCUGGCUUUGCAGACCCUUUUUGAGUUGCAGUCACUUCUCAAGUCUGAAGAUCUGUUCUGUUUUUCACUUGAGCUGGCUCAAAAGUGACACUCUGGGUUUUUCCUGCUGUAAAUCUUAACACUUCUUUUAGAGCUCAAAGCACACAACAGCACAAAGAGCUGGAGGGGAUAAAAUGCCAGACAAACCAUAGUUUAUCCUCCUCUAAGCAAAGUGCUGUGGCAAUAUGACUUGAUCAUCACAGUCUGACUAAUUAAUUUCCCAUCCCCUGUUCUUUUCUUGUGUGAUGUUGUUGUUCUUCUUUCUCUCAGCCAAUGGCUCUUCUGUUGGCUUUUUUCCCUGUUACCUGUGUCCAUCUGCACUUACCUGUCCGUACUCAUGAACUGCAUAUCAAAUUCUGUAAAUGUUUUGUAUACAUAAUACCUCAUUCUUGGUAAUAAAAUACAGAUAGUCUUUAAAAGAUUUUUUUAAUUGUUAUCAAUAAUAAAUGUGAACUGUUUGGAAGAA